AUGGGUGUUGCGUCGCUGAUUUCCUGUGCCGUAUGUCCAGGUGAAGUAACACUGCGUGAUCACGAUGGAAUCAGAGAGCAUUUUAUCAAUCAGCAUCUUGAUGGUGAGCAUGGGCGUUGUCGAGCGUGCACCGAAGUUGUUAGUACAGCGGAUCCAGUGAGUCACAUGAGGGCACAUCUGGUGAAACAAUAUGCGUGUGAAUUUUGUGGCAAAAAAGGCAGGAAGCAUUAUUUAAAGGCUCAUAUUCGUGUCCACACUGGAGAAAAGCCUUACCAGGUUUGCAAAAUCUCUUGUUUUGUGUAG